UUUGUAUUGAAUACACAUUGAUCACUUUUAAUUGUUAGUUUUAGAAUUUUUUAUAUCAUCGAGAUUUUUACAAAUUAGACUUGAAAUUUUUGUCUGUAUACUUAAAAAAAUUAAAUAUUCAAUUUGGGAUAUAACAAUUUUUUUACAAUGCCGAAAUUUUUUGUACCCACGUCUUGGGAGAAUCUCGCGGAAGCGAUGAAAUUUCGGACUAAAGUUUCGUUGGGUGGAGGUAGCGGAAAGGUUAGUGCAGCUCAGUCGGUACAAACUGAACUAAAUAAAAAAAAAGGCAAGCAAAUCGAUCAGGCAAGUGGUAACACAACCACAGAUUUAAAAAAAGGAGGUUUAAGCAAAUUAAAAAGUAUGAAAAGUGGAACUAAAUCAGAAACGGCGAAGAAUGGACGUAUUUUUAAAAAGGACCCAGCCAAAAAUCAAAAGACACAGGCUAAAGUGAUGAUAGUGCCAGUGCCUCCAUUAAAUAUCAGCCAGCAAUCAAUAUCAGCCAUUAAAAUGAAAGCUAACAAACUGACUAAACAUAAGAAGGUGCAGGUCUCGGCUUCAAAAGACUCCAUUGUGUCCGCUGCAUCCUCAUUAGAACCGAGUAAUGGCGGGAAUGUAUUAGGGGCAUCAGCAAGUUCAGAGGACAUUGGACUUAAAGUUUUUGAAAACUCUCUAAAACAUCAAUUGUUGGGUGGCCGUUUUCGCUACAUAAACGAACAGUUGUACACCAUGGAUAGCGCAGAAGCGGAAGAAUUUUUCAAGUCAGAUACAGAGGCAUUCGAUGCUUACCAUGCCGGUUAUCAACAGCAAGUAGAAAAGUGGCCUCUGAAUCCGCUUGAUCGUAUAAUAAAAAUUAUUAAACGCUUGCCAAAAGCACUAGAAAUAGUCGAUUUUGGAUGCGGUGAGGGCCGCCUCGCCGAAUCGGUUCCUAAUAAGGUGUAUUCGAUGGAUUUGGUGAGCACACGUAACGAUAUUAUUGCUUGUGAUAUGGCGCACACACCACUCGACGAUCAGUCGGUGGAUAUAGCCGUAUACUGUCUCUCAUUGAUGGGCACGAAUUUAAAAGACUAUUUGCUAGAAGCGAAUCGUGUAUUACGACCUAAUGGACAUGUAAUAAUUGCAGAGAUAAGGUCACGCUUCGACGAUGUGCGAGAGUUUAUUCGUGGCUUACAGGCGUGUGGCUUCGAAUUGGUAAAAAAGGACGUUAACGAGACGUUAUUUUACUUUUUCCAAUUUCAAAAGUCUCGCAACGUGGGCAAAGUGGCUCUGAUACCUCCAUUUUCACUUAAACCAUGCUUGUAUCGGAAACGUUGAUGAAGUCGGAUUUUGGCACAACCUGAUGUAAUUUUUCUUUAGUUCCUAAAACUGGUAUGCUGCGAGUUAAACGACGCGAUGCAGAAAAUUCGUUGAAAAUGUUAAAUAAAUUAUAAUUUUAUUGAAAUGAA